AACUAUUUAAUCCUCGAGAUGUGUUACUGUGAGUGUCACACAGUCCAGAGAUUACAGGUGACAGGUAGUGCACACCCGACGGUUCCCACAAGCACUUUAUUUUGAACUAGGCACUUUUGAACUAGGCACCGAUGUCUGAACAACAAUUUAUUUCGUGCAGCCGGCUACACGUUUUCUCCUGCCGGGUGAACACAGCUUGUUGAAUCAAAUUGAAAAGUAAGAUUUAAAAAAUGGAAGAUAUAUUAUUUGACUUGGAUCAAGAUGGCACCACAGACUUUGCCUUCUGGGGCCAGAUGGACCCUAACUUCCAGUUCCAGGCCCAGUUGGACACUCUCCUCUUUGACUGCACCGCGGUCACGGGCCAGCUUUCGCCCUGGUCCUCGUUCGGUGGCCAGUCCAUGUUCCCUGACACACAGAUGACCUUCACCGACCUGGACUCGCAGUCUCCCGGCCUUGGAGCCAGUGCUGAAGUGGACAGCUCCUCUGUGGACGAGCCCCACGAGAUGAGCAAGCGCAGGCAGCGGCGGUUCGUGCCCCAUCAUCCGUACAAGAUCCAGCGACACGCCGCUAACAUCCGGGAGAGGAAGAGGAUGCUGAGUAUCAAUUCUGCGUUCGAAGAGCUAAGGUGCCACGUGCCAACAUUUCCCUACGAGAAGCGCCUGUCUAAGAUUGAUACACUGAGAUUGGCCAUUGCCUACAUUGCCCUCCUGAGAGAGAUACUGAUUUCCGGCUGCGACCCCAAGUCGUACGUGGACGAAUGCAUGAAGAAUGGUUACAAGAAUCAAACCAAUGCCAUUUGGAACACAAGCGAUCUGACAGCCCGGCUCUCCUGGAUAAAGUGGGAUUAACUCAGGAUGGAGCAACCCAAAGUACGUUGGACAGGGGGCUGCUGGCGGGGGAUUUAUAACCAACCGCCUUCUGUCUUUGUUUCAAUGGCAACAUCACAUCAGGGGCUG